UGGAGUCAACGAAGAGGAGAAGGAGAGAUAACUCAUAUAGAGAGUACGAAGGGACGUGCCUACCAAGAUGGAAGAGGAAGACACUGCUGCUGCACCAGGAGGGGAACCAAGACCACAUGGCGGAGACGUGGGUAUGGUGGGAGCGGAAGAGGUUAUUCAGCAAGGAGCAACAAUGCCACGAGGCCAAGGAGAGGAGGAUGGAAAGGAACAGAAUCAUUCCCCACCUCCUGCCCAUACCAAUUACUGGUCGGAUGAGGAUAGAGUCAGAGACAUGCUGGCGAGGUGCUACGACGUGGGGAUGGUACCGUCCGGAUGGGACAUCGGAGAGUUGAGAAAAGACGGAAAUAAGGCUCACUUUGCCCUUAACCCGUCUUUGGACGAAAUUAAGGUAAAGUGGCUGAAGGAGCGGAUCGUGACAGUCAUCUUUCAAGAAGGCUCGAAGAACCUAUCGAAGAAGUUAAAAGAAGAGGUAAUUAGAGCCUUUGAAGACAUUUGGCUGGGGGAAAACAGAUUUGACGAAGCAAUCACGAGAGGUCGCGUCUACAUCGAAUCGAGUAACGCGCUGUCGUACGUGGCCAAGGACAAAGCGGUUACGGAUUGGAUGUUAGAAGAGCAAGAGAUGAGAGUAGCGCUCAGAGGAAGAUCGUAUUCGAUAAUUUUUAAGCCAUGGAUGACAAAGACAAAAAAUCAGGAUGCUAGGCGCGAAGAUGACAGACAAUACUGUUGGGUAAGAGCGAUUGAUGUCCCUCUUGAUGCUUACUGUUAUUUGGAGGCGGCAGCAGAGUGCGCCAUAGGACCAGUCCGGAAGAAGAUCGCCAAGUCCCACAUCAAGAGGAAGUCAAGCUUCGUCCUCAAGUAUGUCGCGUCAUCCUCGUUCACAUCACUCUGGCGGCUCAUCAAGGGCAAAGUCUUUGAAACCAUCGAAGUCGUCAGGUUAUUGGACGUGGUGAUUGAGCUGGACAUAGUGGAUGUCUUUCGUGCAAUGAACUCAGACGACUCAGGAUAUACCUGGUUGCGGGAACUGAUCAGGAUGUGCUAUGAUGAAGGGACUAUGCCAACGGAGAUUGAUCCGGGCGAAAUGAGGGUAGAAGGUCGUGAGGUGAGGUUUAGAGUGAGUGUAGCUCUGGACCAAGCGAAAAUUAGUUGGCUGAAGGAACGGACGGUGACCUUCAUCUUUCGCUCAGGCGCAAGAUUCCUACCGAGGAACGUCAAAAAAAAUAUCGUACGGGCAUAUGAAGAUAAAAAGACUGCUGAUGGAGGCUUCGAGGCACAGUCGUUUCGGCGAGGAAGAGUAAAAAUUGAAUCCCCUAACGUGUUAUCCUACGUAGCAAAGUCAACGGAAGUGGCGAGAUGGUUGGUGGAGAAAGGGAGUGAUGAGCUAACAGUUGGCGGCUCUCACUAUGCGUUUGAGUUUAAGCCAUGGCUUACAAAGGCACAACUCAAGCAGCAACGACUGACCGAGGACGAGGUGAAGUUCUGGGUCGUGGCUGUCCAAGUACCACUGGAUGCCUACAUCUACCUAGAAGCUCAAGUCAGCAGGGCAAUCGCACGUGUGGUUAGAUCUUACCCACCAAAACAAGACCGCAUGAAGCCUUCAUUGGUUAAUAUCAAGUUCGAUAUUGAUCCGGCGGCCAGAGAGAACAUGAAGGAUAAGAUAUGGAUUAACACAUCGAAAGGUGACGAAUUGGAGAUCAAGCUGGCGUCAUCCGCAACACCACGCUGUCGAAGAUGUCGAGCCUUUUUUCAUUAGGAUGCGGAAUGUCGGUGGAAUAACAGACAACAGGGAGCAGCCCCGACGACUCCAUGAGGUAGCCAGCGUCCAGCAGGAAAUCGACCUCAAGGGGAGACGCGAAGCUAUCAAGGCCCGCUAGGCCCAGAACCAUCGGGAAUUCCGAGCGUGAGCGAACCUGUCGGGACUCAUUCGUCUCAGGCGCCAACAAAAAGUGGAUUCAUGC